AUGGCACAAGGCAGAGAGCUUGAAGACAGAAGAACCCAGAUCCUGAAGCCUGUAUCCCACUUCUUUUCAAUAAUUUAUCCCAAAUUCCUUCAUGUUCACCCCACAGUUCAACUAAUUGCAACAUUUCAAACCACUUUUAAUUAUUCCAACUUGUGGGUCUCAGCCUGUCUUUGUGGUUUCUACUGCAUAAAAAUUGCCAGUUUCAGGAACAGCUUCUUCAUCUACCUGAAGGGAAAAAUUGACAGGAUGGUGCCCUGGAUCUUGUUGGGGUCAGAGAUCUUAGCCUUGGCUAUGGGCAUCGUUGUCUAUGACCUCAUUGAAACUGUGCAGUGGGAAAACCACACUUUCACCAGCCAAGAAAAUUUCUGGGAAGCAAGAAUCAAAAUGGAUAAACAUUUCUUCUCCUCUUAUUUUCUUGCUGGAUUUGGAUAUGCUGCUUCAUUCAUGGCAGUUAUCUUUUCUGCUGUUUUCCUUCUCUUUUCUCUCUGGAGACACAAGCGCAGGAUGCAGACAAACUCCAUGAAGGACCUCAGCAUGGAUGCCCACAUCAGAGCCAUGAAAUCUAUCCUCUCCUUCUUAACAAUGUACAGCAUCAACUUUGUGUGUUUGAUCUUGACUCUAAUUUAUUCCAUGAAGCACCAAAAUCUCGUGAUAUUACUUGGUUACGUAAUUCAACAUGCUUAUCCAGGUGUUCAUUCCCUUAUUCUCAUUUUCAGCAAUCCCAAGCUGGAAAAGACACUGCUUAGGAUUCUCUGCUGUCUGAUGCGCAAGUUUUGCAUGAGGUAG